AUGGAAUCGAUUCUGAAAACCUCUAGAAAGGCUUGUCCAUUCUUAUACCGUAAUUCCGCCGCUACUCUCCGUAACCUUGCCCGUACUCCAGCCCCAGUUGCUGAUGGCGGCAACGGGUUGUUGUCAAUGGCGAAGAAAUGCCCAAUAAUGGGUAAAGCUAUGGCGGUUCAAAGUAACCGUUACCUUCAUAGCAGUGCUCCUAUGGCUCAGCAGCCGACUUUGAAAUUAAAUCAUGCGAGCAUUGUGAACGACACUAGUCAACUUCCUGCUGCUAUUCCUGCUACCCAUCCUACAGAAACCAAGAAAAAAAGAAACGAAGGUGUUUGCCCCUUCCAUCACCCUCCAGUAACUCACAAGACCAAUUCUCAAUCUUUCGAUUAUGAAGGAUUAUAUCAAGAAGAGCUUGAUAAAAAGCACAAGGAUAAGAGCUAUCGUUACUUUAACAAUAUCAAUAGACUUGCUCAGAAAUUUCCUAGAGCCCAUACUGCUAAUGCCAAUGAGGAAGUCACUGUCUGGUGCAGCAAUGAUUAUCUUGGAAUGGGAAGAAACCCUACUGUCCUGGAAACUAUGAAACAAACUCUUAGUAAAUACGGUGCAGGUGCAGGUGGUACGCGCAACAUAGCCGGUAAUGCCGACCUCCACUUACAACUCGAGGCUGGAUUGGCGGAUCUUCAUCACAAGGCCUCCGCUCUAGUCUUUACCUCUUGCUACGUGGCCAACGAUGCUGCUCUUUCCACUCUCGCUGCCAAACUCCCAAACUGCGUCAUCUUGUCCGAUGCGCUUAAUCACGCAUCGAUGAUUCAAGGUAUUCGUCAUUCUGGAGCCAAGAAAUUAAUCUUCAAGCAUAACGACCUUAAGGAUCUCGAAGAAAAGUUACAAACUGUACCGACUAGUACUCCAAAGAUUAUUGUCUUCGAAAGCGUUUACUCUAUGAGUGGUACUGUAGGGCACAUUGAAAAGAUUUGUGAUUUAGCAAAGAAAUAUGGUGCAAUUACGUUUCUUGACGAGGUCCACGCUGUAGGAAUGUAUGGACCGAGAGGAGCUGGCGUGGCUGAGCACCUAGAUUAUGAGUUAAAUGCUAGACAUCCUUAUGGUGGUAAUGGAAGCAUUUUGGAUAAAGUAGAUAUUAUCUCUGGCACUCUUGGGAAGGCAUAUGGUGUUGUUGGUGGGUACAUUGCCGGGUCUGCUCGGUUGGUAGAUAUGAUUAGAUCGUACGCGCCAGGUUUUAUCUUUACUACUUCAUUGCCACCCGCCGUUGUGGCCGGUGCUAAGGCUUCUAUCAACUAUCUUAAGCAAUCCACGAAAGAGAGAGAGAUGCAACAGUUAAACACUCGCUCUCUUAAGGCUAAAUUAGCCGAGAUUGAUAUUCCUGUUGUGCCUAAUCCUUCUCAUAUUGUUCCUGUACUUGUCGGUGAUGCUGAACGUUGUAAGUUUGCUUCUGACCAGCUGUUGCGAGAUUAUGGCAUAUAUGUUCAGAGUAUCAAUUAUCCUACUGUUCCUCGUGGACAGGAACGUCUUCGGAUUACCCCUACCCCGGGUCAUACCCCCGAGAUGGCUAAUUAUUUGGUAGAUGUGUUGGAGUCCAUUUGGAGUAGGAAUGGAUUAAAGCGUGUUAAAGAUUGGGAGGCCGAAGGAGGGUGCGCUGGAGUGGGUACUGGUGAUCUUAAACCUGCGCCCAUCUGGACUGACGAGCAAUUAAGAUUGGUACACGGAAAUCUUGUCGAGAAAAGUGUUACCAGUACUAGUGUAUUAGCACAUUAG